AAUGGGAUAAACAGAAACCAGUGGCCUUGACCCAUUGACCAAAAUGUCUACUGAAGGUCAGAGGUCAGAGGAGGGUCAGAAGUCACUGAGUGAGUCUGCAAGGAAUGGCAGCAGUGACAGUCAGCCGGGAGGGUGGGAUGACAGUAACCUUCACCCAGCAGCCAUGUUUGACAAUGCUGAGCUGUUGGAAUGUCUGCUGGAAGGGGAUGCCAAGGAGCAUAUUAAUAACACCGACUCCUCCCACCGAACCCCAGUCUAUACUGCGGUGCUGAAUGACUCAUUCAGGGCACUAAAAGUGUUGCUAGAUCAUGGAGCUAAUGCUAAUAUUGCUGGGGAUGCAACAACCGGUUAUAUGACUCCCUUACAUUUGGCAGUAGCCAGCAACAAGAUGGAAGCAGUUAAACUUCUUGUGAAGAAAGCAAAUCUCGACCUGAAAGAUGGAGCAGGGUUAACUCCCUUGGGGAUUGCAGUUUCAACAGAAAACGAUCAACUUAUUGAAAUGAUUACGACAGAAAUGGUUAACAGAGUACAGAAACACCAUAAACUUAUUGAAGUGUUGCGAUCGGCCUGCGAGAAAGGAGACCUUGUGGAGGUGGCUCAGGUGUUAACACUGGAGCAGGAGGAAGGAAUCUUGGCUCAGGCUAUCAACAACACAUCAGGCAAUUUGUACACACCUCUCAGCCUUGCUAGUCGCUACGGUCAUGUUGAUGUAGCUCGUUAUCUGAUUGAGCAAGGAGCCAAUGUUACACCACAGCCAUUGACCAAUGAGACGCCUCUACACAUUGCAUGUGAAUUCGGCCAUACAGAGGUUGUCUUUCUUCUACUAGAGGAAUUUCGAGGAGUUGCCAGCAUGCCGACCACAGAUCAUGAACUGCCCAUUCACAUCGCGGCACAGAAAGGCAAUGAAGAACUUGUCAGGUUGUUGUUGACAUUUCCAUAUCCAAAGGCUUUUCUGGAAACCUGUCGCCAUCAAAGGAGAGUUUACAAGGCUCCAUUUGACAUCAACACCAGGGACAUGCGGGAAAUGACACCAUUGUUGUACGCAGUUGAGAAAGGUCACAUCGAAAUUGUUAAGUAUUUGGUCUUGGAACAUGAGGUCUCCAGCCAUCCCGACCCAGAGGCUGAGACCGACCAGAACCCUCAACGCAACAGAGACGCUGGCGGAAUGUCAGCGCCGUUCAGUAUGUCUUCGUCAUUCAUUCGGCGCAAUAAACCGAGUCUUGGAAGAAGCUUUUCAAGACGUCGACCCACUCAGGUUGAACCUGCCGAUAGAACGAUUAAUAUCUGCCCCGUGGACUUGGAAGCCAUUGACCAGGACGGCAGAAAUGCUCUCUUCAUUGCAAUGCAGCAUGACAGUUACCCAAUGGUGGAAGUUAUCUUGAAGGCAGGAGCGAAUGUAAAUACAGUUUGGUCAAAUGGCCUGUCCAAAUUUUCCCCUUUAAUGAUGGCGGCUAAAAGUCAAAACUUGUCCAUGGUGAAUCUGUUGCUUAGUUACGGUGCGAGAGACGAUGAGAAUCGCGUCUUGGGUUUCGCCAUGAAGACGAACUAUGAAGACCUUGUGGCUGCUUUGCUAAGACAGAAAUGUAGGAAAGAUAUGGAUAACCCUAUCAAUAAGAAAUCCAUGUUUGCAAAAUAUCAAAGACUGCAUGAAAAUGAUGUGGGGGAGAAUUUUAGCUCCAUAGACUACGAGUCAAUGGCAAUAUUUCCAUCAACCCCUAUUGAUGUUGAGUGGCAGAAUUUAGGUAAACUUGAGCGAAUUGAGGAAUCAUGGGUAGCUUCUGCUGUCACUCAGAUACAUCCUUUGAGCCCCCAUACUUGCCUGGAUCCCAAUUUUACUCUGUUUGCUGUGACGAAAAUUGAUGUUUCAGGCAACAAUGUUCAAAUGUUGCCAAGGUUUCUGUUUAGAUUGCCUUCGUUGCAACUUCUGGAUGUUUCCAACAACAACAUUUCUGGCAUUCAAACUGACACUGAUAACCAAGAGCUUGAAGAAGAUGACUGCCCAUGUUUGACAAAAAUUUUCCUUCAUCACAACGCACUGUCCACUAUCCCAGAAUUCCUUUUCAGACUGGGAUGUAUUAGCAUUUUGGACUUGUCCUACAAUAAUAUUCACACCUUGCCAGCUGAAAUGUGGACAUCCCAGUCUUUGACCGAAGUCAAUCUGUCACACAACAGGCUAUCAAGUCUGCCCAUGUUAAUUAACGAACAAGUGGAAAUGUGUGGUAGAAAUUCCAGCACAUCGUCCAUUCAUAACCCCCUAAAUGGCAGUAGGUUUGCCCCUGGGAGCCCUGACGGUCUACGAACAGAUGAAAGUGGCUCUGGGUCUAAUUCUGAGCCACUGGAUGAAACUGUUUGUAAAGUUAGACUGAACGAUGAGACCGUCUUCCGCCAAGUGGAAGUGGUUGAGACCGAGCCAAACCAUGACGUGUAUUGGCUCAUGCACAUCAACGUUGUUAAGCAGCGGUUCCAGUCUGAAAAGGGCAUAGAAGUGCUCAACCUGGCUCAUAACCAGUUCUCCCAUGUCCCCACAGGCUUACCUUGCCUGGUUCCCCACCUGACCCAGCUUGACCUCUCAGGAAACCAGUUGACUUGUGUGGGGUUCGCACACUGGUACCCAGGGAGUCUGAACCAACUCAUCCUGAACAACAACAACAUCCGGAGCAUUCUCCCUGACACGGACACCACCGACGUUUCUAACACAGCUUAUUGCUACAAAUGGGCUGAUGAAGGAGGACGUCCGAAAACACCAGAUAAACGUCCUCGUAUGACGUCAACAUCGUCUGGCAGCUCGGCGACGCUCCGCCCACACAUUGGAACCUGUCAUCAUCGGCAACAUAGUAAAUACAUCAGCCUAGAGGAGCUGGACCUUGCUGAGAACAAACUCUCAUCACUGCAGUUUUUUCUCCCCGUCAAGUCGGGUGCAGCAAAACUCAGCAAAGUAGAGGUAAGUCUGGGUCUGGUCAAGCUGUCUCAUAAAUGCCAGGAGUGGCCAGCUUUCCUUUCAGUUGCUAGGACAGUCAAGCGCUUUCAUUGUCUGGCCAUUUACACAGUCCAUUAUUUGUUUAAGACUGGGACACAGGAUCACGAAGCAAACUUAGACUUAAGUCCAAAUUACAAUCCCGAGAGAUCUCCAAGUAAAACGCUGGGUGGGAGGUUAGAUAUCAACCUUAUCUUCCCAUCCCUGACUGCCCUAGAUGUGGCAUCCAAUCAGAUCAGAGUGUUGCCUGCAGCCAUCGGGGAAAUGACUACACUGAAAAGCCUCAAUCUCAGUAACAACAACAUCAGAGAUCUACCCCCUGAUAUGGGCCUCUUGAAGAAGUUGUGGCAGCUGAACCUGGAGAACUGCCCCCUUGAGGGCCCCCUCAGAGAAAUGAUUGAAUCCAAGUGUAGACCUGCAGAAAUCAUCAGCUUUCUCGACUCCAUCAGAGAAGAAGCUACACAGUAUAACUGCAUGAACCUGAUCUUUGUGGGCCAGCAUGACAUAGGAAAAACAUCACUUCUUCACCUGAUGAGGAAAGAAGGAAAGUCACCCAAGUCUGGCAUCUUACCUAAGGCAUUACACUGGACUGAAAGGACCAGCAAAAAUGGAAUCAAGCCUAAACAGAAGAAGGGGGGCAAACUCUUGUCAACAGUUGGCAUUGAUAUUAAUGAGCUGGUGUUAGAGAAAAGAGGCAAAGAGGUGACCUUCAGGACAUGGGACUUUGGUGGACAGAGAGAGUACUACGCCACACACCAGUACUUCCUCUCUACCAGAGCCCUCUAUCUAGUUGUUUGGAACCUUGUGGGUAAAUCUGGCAUGAAGAGUAUAUGGGAGUGGCUUGUCAAUAUACAGGCACGAGCCCCAGGGUCAGCAGUGAUCAUUGUGGGCACUCACCUGGAUGUACUGAAGGACAAGAAAACAGCCUCUCUCUACCCUGAAGAUUACGAAAAGGAAAUGAUGGAAAAACUGGAAGAAAUCAGGUGUAUGGUAGAACCUGAGAAGUACGGGCUGCCAAAUGUCUUGCAUGUGCGAAACGUGAGCUGUAAGACAGAGGAGAACAUACGAGAUUUGGUCUCGACUGUCUACGACUGCGCAUUUCAGCUGAAGCACCCGAGGGUCAAAACUCAGUACCUGCUUGGACAGAAGAUACCCAGAAAAUAUCUCCUUUUACAGAAGAUUGUCACAGACUUGGCCCAGGAGAGGAAGGCAGAACAAAGAGACCCUGUGAUUGAUGCUAAUCUUUACAAAGUUUCUGUGAUGAACCAGAUGACUGAAGUUUGUGGAGAAGUGUUCAGAGACAUGGCAGAGCUAGAUCAGGCUACCAGGUUCCUUCAUGAAAAUGGUGUGUUGUGUCACUACGAAGAUUCCUCGUUAAGGGACCUGUAUUUCCUUGACCCUCAGUGGUUGUGUGACCAGUUGGCCAGGGUGGUCAGCAUCCCAGAUGUCAACAGAUACGCCCAUAAUGGUGUGAUGAAAGUGUCUGACCUGGAGUUGUCCUUCAAAGACACAACAUAUAAACCACAGGACGUAAGAAAGUACUUCAUCAAUCUCCUGGAAAAGUUUGAAGUGGCAUUGCAGUUUGACACCCAGAACCUGCUUAUCCCCUCCAUGCUGGCUAGUGAGCAUAACCCUAAGCAGUGGAUCAAGAUACCUAUGAGACAGAAAUCACAAGACUAUGUGUCCAUUCGUCAACGCAAGAGGCAGACACAUUUGUCAGACUUGGAUGAAACCCCGAUCAUGAACAUUGGAAAUUCCAAAUUUUACAUCGGCAAAGUGCCGAAAACAGAGGGACAUGGGACUCGAGCAGAUCAGACUUUCCAGCCAGUCAUUGUCGAAUCUGUUGAAACCACACCUCUGAUCUCUUUGCCGCAAUUGAAAUUUUCAGCUUAUCCAGCUUUCUCCUUGCACAGACUCUACUUCAUGACAUAUUUCCCCAGCGGGUUUUGGCCAAGGUUAAUAAUCGGUCUUCUAGCAGACAGCAGCAUUUACGACAUUCUCACUGAAAUGUACCAGCCCUCAGAGGAGUUGCCAGGGUUACGGAGCACACUGGAGAACACCCCUGAAUGGAGAUGCUGGAAGACUGGUAUUGACCUUGUGUAUCUAGGCAACCAGGUCCUCUGCGUCAAAGAGUUUAAUACGGACCACCCAGGCAUGUCCUGUGACUACGGUCAGUGUAAGCUUAUGUGCCCGCAGGAGGGUGAUCUUCGACCAAUCAGCUUGGAGAAAUCCUCCCUUUUGGAAAUUACCAUUGCAAACUUCUCCAUUGUGGUCCCUUCAGAAGAUGAGACUAAUUCUAACAGCCGAACAUCACCACGUUUAGUGAUUCAUCAGGAUUUCAAGGCCGCAGCCAAACUCUUGACGCAAGUUGUUGAUCGCAUUGACACGCUGCUUCAUGAUUGGUUCCCUGAUCUGGGAGAACUCAGAAUGGCCCAGAGCAUGGAUGGACGCUAUCUUAUUACCAGGGUGGUGCCGUGUUCAAAGUGCAUUAACUCACAGAAGAAACGAGAUUACAAAAACAGAAAGAGAAAGGAGGGUUUGGAGUGGAGUGUUGUGGAGGGGACACAAGAGGAUGUGGAAAGCACCUGGUCUCUCAGGGUAGACAGCAUCCGGCCAAAGGGGAGGUCUGCCAGUCUGAACACUUACCUGGAUGAAAUGAGGCAAACAUCCAGAACUCCUGGAGCUGAUGAGGCGUACUGCAGGACGGACCCUCAGCUGAGGUUGAACUGCGUCUACACCUUCAUGGUGGAGGAGUAUAUCCUGGCUGCUAAGCGGGGUAAACACAUCAGCUGUCCUCAGCACGGAGCCGUGUCCCCGCUGUUAGUCAUAGGGCCACUUCAGAGCCCUGUACAGUUCCAUCUGGCCCCAGACCUGGUGUUCGCAGACCUUCCUGAGGAGUUGUUAAUCAGGGAAGACAGGUUACAUGUGGGAGCAUAUCUGGGUCACGGAGCAUUUGGCUUUGUCUUCGCUGGAGAACUGAACCAGGGUGAGUUAGACGAGGCGGAUGUGGCAGUUAAGAUGUUAGAACCAUAUGAUUCAGGCUUAGAGUUGGAUGAGGAACUCAGCAGAAGGCUUCAGAACCAGAAGCGGCGUUGGCAAGAAGACCCCAUGCAGCAGUGCACAGAGGCCUACCUCAUGGCUCGUCAGGAACUCAGUAUCCUUCAAGUAACACAACACGAACACAUCAUUCCAUUUAUGGGCAUUGCUCUCUCCCCGCUGAGCCUGGUUUUAGCCCUGGCCCCCAUGGGCUCCCUGGAUAAGCUGCUGAGGAAGAGCCUGAAGGCACAGGAGAGACUCCCUAUACAUGUCAUAACACAUGUGGCCUACCAGGUUGCUUCAGCACUGAAAUAUCUGCAUUCCCAGAAAAUCAUCUACAGAGAUUUGAAGUCAGAAAACGUCCUUGUCUUCUCAUUCCCCACCGAUGAGAUACCAGAUGAUCACAUUGUCGUGAAACUCUCAGACUAUGGCAUAAGUCGCUCAAUCCAUGCCUCAGGGGCUAAGGGCUUUGGUGGCACCCCACCCUUCAUUGCCCCCGAAGUGAUCCAACAAGGGGGUAAGACGACAUACUCAGAGAAGGUAGACUGUUUCUCCUUUGGAAUGUUCCUGUAUGAACUGCUUACCUGUGAGAUGCCAUUUUGUGGUCACCCUAUGAUCAUCAACAUUAACCUCCAUGUUUUCCAAGGUGGACGGCCAAACAUUUCACCAGAGAUUACCAGGUACCCUGCCUACAUGUUGGACCUGAUGACCAGUUGUUGGGCGCAGGAAGCGAAGAACAGACCAAGUUCUGAGGAAAUAGUGGACAUCGUGGGUUCUCCGGAGUUCAGUCAUAUGGCUGACGCUGUGAACCUGGAAGGCAAUGUGGCAGUAAGUGCUGCCUGCUCUCUUCAGCUUCCAGCCAGAGUUUUCCCUGAAGACUUCUCAGAGAGCUUCGGAUCUAUUGGCACCGAUGGAAGUUACAGUGGUUCGAAAAAUGACUUGAACCAGCUGUGGCUUAUUACCAGAACAAAGCUGAAAGGUGCAGGUGGGACUGAAUGCAGCAACCUUGAAAUCUUCACGUAUCAGCAUAAUAGAUGUGAAGAGAGUCAGGUGGUGAGGCUGAACUGUGUGAUCACAACUAUGGCAGUGGUUAACUCCCUUGUCUGGUGUGUAGACAGCAGAGCUUAUGUCCAUAUUUACUGCCCAGAAACUUUACAGAAGAUAUGCCAGUUUGAGUUGUCUCCCUUUAAAGAGCCUUCCAAUGCUGUGGCAGUUUUACAUGCGGCACUACGUAGUGAUGUCAUCAUUGCCCUGUCUAAUGGCCAUCUUCUGGUCUACCCUGACCAGUUUCCACUCAGCUACUCUGAGUUUCUGCCACAAAAGGAGGACAUUUUCUGCAACGGUCGUCGCAUUCAUUGUGCAGUGCUGGUGCACACAGGAGACAAUAACUAUGAGGUAUGGGCCGGCCAGGAGCAUGGGAAGAUUGUCAUCCAGACAAUGGGCAGCCACAAAGCCCCUGUAGAGAUCUCAGCUGUCAAGCCAGAAGAUCCUAACAUCAGCACACUGUUUCUGGUCACUGAUACUGUCCAGACAGAUAAUAACUAUGUGAACUCCAGCGUUUGGGCAUAUAACUACCCAGGUAAUUCACAUGAAGUUGAUAUAAGUGCCCAUAGAAACUCAGGCAUUUGGGCAUAUAACUACCCAGGUAAUUCACUUGAAGUUGAUAUAAGUGCCCAUAGAAACUCAGGCAUUUGGGCAUAUAACUACCCAGGUAAUUCACAUGAAGUUGAUAUAAGUGCCCAUAGAAACUCAGGCAUUUGGUCAUAUGAUUACCUAGGCUCCGUGGUUUACCACUGGACAAGAAGAAGUGUAGAUGGAAAGCCUCAAGUUGACGCCAUACUGGACUGUUCCCUGCUCUAUCCGGACAUAUGUGUUAUGUCCCCUUCCCAUAGGCUGGAAUCUGCCUGGUGUCAGGUGACAGCUAUGAACGUCCUUAACGACUAUCUGUAUGUAGGAACAACUUCAGGCAGUAUUAUUGUUGCCAACAAGAUGUCCAUGGAACCACUGCACUGCUUCCGUAGCCAUGCCAACAAGGAAUUCUAUAUCAAGUUUCUCAUCCCCUUAUGCACCGAUGAAGAAAUAAGUGAUGCAGAGAGAGUUGUCUCCCCAGGGCUGAUUUCAAUUGGCAAAGGAUUUCAGAACCUUUUUGAGAAGGUCAGAGAGAGGCGAAGUUUUGGUAAUCACAUGGACCACAAUGCACCAGUACUUCCUCUGGAUGAGGUGGUGUUGAAAAAUCAAAUCAAGGAGUACAAGCCUCGACAAGAUAACACUUAUCUUCUGACCUGGAUAGGAGAGGACUGGGAGGAUAGCUUACUUGGUUUUGUGUGAUUCUUGCCUACCUUAUAUUUUUUGGCAUGUUUCUCAAAUUUAAAUUGUAAUUCAGUUUUGGAAUGCAAUUCACAGACCUUAAUACUUCCUUUAUGGCUAUAAUUUAUGUUUGGUGAGUUAGCUAACACCGUGGCCCCACCUACAUGUAUAAGUACGUAACGUUUGUUUUUAUAGUGUAUCGUGUUGCAAUUAUUUAUAAGCCCUUUUCCAUUUGUCUUAUAUUUUAUUUUUGUUUUUUCUUUUUUUUAAAUUUAUUUUCUUUUAUAUCCUCAUUCUUUAAAUCUUCUUAAUCCUUUCGGAUAAUCCAUGGAUGUACCUAAUUGUUUUAGUGGAGAUAAUGUCAUUCCAUCAUUCACUGGGCCCUGUCUAAUUUCCUCUAUUCCUAGAACUUUAUUGUUGAGAUUCUUUUCAGACGUACAUAUAGUAGUCUUUGUUAACUGGUUUUGGAAAACUCAGCGUAAUGAGACACUGACAGCAGUAAAUAGCAUCCAUAUAUUAUGUCUAGGUACCCUCAUCCCUCAACCUUUCAGUGCGAUUUAUGCAACUUUUUUUGCCUGAUUUUGGAAACGAAACAACAUUGGUUGGGUUGGCCAAAUACAAGGCUUCAUAAAAGAGAAUAAUUUUAUCAGUUUACACAAAGUGAUGCCCUCAGAACAUGCUUCAAUAAACAUUUUGCAAACAGUUGAAAAGGUUAAAGAAUUACAGCAUUUUGCAAGCAACCAUUUGGCUCCCAUAACCACGCAGCUCAUAAUCCUUGAGGCAAACUGAUGAACCCAGUGACCACAUACAAGGCCCAUUAUUAUUCCUUAAGCUAGAAAAAUAUAUGCAUGGAUAUCUAGAUUAAUGUACUUUUUUCUUCAGACACACAUGAUCAGUCCAGUAUGUUUUUGUAUACCUUUGUAUAGUUGAACGGAAUUCUCAAUUACCAAAUGGUCAUUACCAAAGUUACUCUAUUUCACGUAAAGCUUAUGUUUUUUCAAGUGGUAUGUUUUGCUCAAGUCUGAUUGGUCCAUCACUUAUCACUUUCGAUUUUUCUGUGUAAUAUGAUUAAUGUCUAUGAGGAAAACUCAAGUCUUGGCAUCCAAAGUAUCAUUUAAAGGUCUUCACGUGCAUCUGGAAGUGCUUUUGUACACAGCAGACUUUUGAUGAAAUACAGUGAUCUAUUAGUUUGUUACAUUGAUUUUGUUCUUUCUGAGCAUUUUUGUGAACUACAUGUAACUAUGGCAUACUUUUAUACCUUAUAGUAAUUUGUGUAAAUAUUUUUAUCUUUCUUUAUUUGUACUGUCCACUCUGUCAAGAGCUCUAGUACCUGUUUUGUUGUCUUCCUGUAUGGUUUUUUUUCCCUGUUUUGAUUUAUAGACUGGGGAUUCUGUGCUGCAUUAAAAGAAAUUUAAAUCGCUCAUCUUUCUGGACAAGGCAUGGCAAUGGAUUUUACAAAGUAGCAGCAACAGUGAUAGUUCUAGUAAGGAACAGUUUAUAAAGUGUUGGCCAAUAGAUUACAUACAUUUACUGACAUUUUACAAAUUAAAAACAUUGAUAUUGUGGCAAAGUUUACUCUUGUUGGGGAGACUUCUGUAUUUAAAAAAAAAUGUUUUUUGUAAAGUAAGUUAGGUUGUAAAUCUUCCGAAGUAUUUUUUUGUUACAUCGGGAAAGCGAUCUUUAUUGUGAUUGAUAAUACAUACAUUAAUGAUUUGUCUGUUCAAAAGGUGUGUGAUUUACAUGUAUCGUGAUUAUGAUAGAAGUGUAUGCGAUACCAAAUGCCUAGUGCUUUCAGAUACCCGAUUUUCUCCUGUUUUUUUAGUUUUGUUUUUGUAUUUAAUGGAAUGUUUGUUGGUACUUAUAAUGAAAACAAAAAAAUAUGUAGGCCCUGGACAUGCUUGUAUCAGAUGAAUUAGCAAUAGGGUUGGGGCUACCCCAUUAAUUGUGUGCGCUUUGUAAACAUUUUCCCCUAUACUCCUAACUUGUAGGCCCUACCUGUCUUUGUUUUAGACAUGAGGAAUUUUAAACAAAAAUAGCAUAGGCAAAAAAUGUUAUCUAUGUAAAUUAUGUAAAAAUAAUAAUACUGACAUAGGAUGUGCAAGUAUAUAUGUGUCUACUUUCGUAAGGCCACAUGUUUGUGUUUUGUAGAUUGACGCCAAAAGGGGGAAAUUCUUCUGUUUAUGGAAACAUUAAGUUAAAGUAUUCUAAAAAUUCUGAAUUGAACAGUGUGGGAAUAUUUUGACGGGCUCUUAGUGUAAAUGUGUGUGAUGGUUGUUUACAUGCAGAUGUCCAGCCAAAAGGUCAGUAUGACCUUGCUCUUCCAGUCAGGGGCAGGUCACUCUAUCAUACACAUGCAUAGCUAAUCACCUUGGGCAGUUGGCACUAUGCCAAGCUUGUCAGCUCAAUACACAAUAGUUUAUCUUGUAAAUACUCUAAAAAAAAAGUUGUUUUAUCUAUUAAUAAUAAUAAGAAUAAAAAAAAAACACAAGGCAAGGAUAAAUGUAUGUAUAAAAAAAACAUACCUUAUUAUUAUAUGCGGUUAGGCAAAGAAUAAAUGUAUGUUGUAGCACAGACGUAUGACAGCCCACAAGGAUUCAGUCAGAUGUUUACAAUUAGUAUGAAUCACUUGAAAAAUGAAUUUGAUGUGAAAAUUUUAUCUACUCACUCUCAAGCCCAGACAUAUAUUGGCAAGCUUACAUGAAUAUACAUGCAUGUGUACAUAUAUUGUCAAAUUAUGUCAAUACUGGUAGAUCAUGACAUAAAGACAUAAAUAUACAUAUAAAUCUUUAGCUAUAAACAUAUUAAAAUUCACAGUCCAAAAGUCACAAAUUCAUAAUUUGUUUUUUAUGUUCUCCCUGACAGGCUUUAUGACUGCCUGGACUUAUAGUGUGUAUAUGCAGUGUAAUUAGCAUUAGACAUGAACUGCAGUUGGGUGGUACAAAGUCAGCAGUACUGCACUUGGGUGAUACAAAGUCAGCAGUACUGCACUUGGGUGGUAUGCAGUCAGCUGUAAUGUGCAACCUGAAUCUUCUAUCUUAGCCCUGAUAAAAAGCUGAUUUAUAGGUGUACAGUGCCAUGAAUAUUGUAUGAAUAAGAGUUUAUGUAAUCAAUACAUGCUGAUUGAUAUAUUAAAGAUGGAAAAUACUUGUUAAAUAUAACAGACAAAUAGGUGAAUUGGUGAUGAAGACUUCAUGCAUGUGUGUAGCUAUUCUUCAUAGUCAUAUUCAUGUAAGAUGGUGUAAGAACAGUAGAAAAUUUAUAUAUAGGGUACACAUCAGAGCAAUAAUACUGUGGCCUGACUUUUCUAAGCUACAUGUAACAUAACUCACAAGAAUUACAUGAUUUGUGUAACAGCAGGUAUAAUUUUGGUUUCACACGUUUUGCUACUGUCGUAUAAGUCAAAUGCUCCUCAGCACAGUGAUGGUUCACUGUGAUAAUUGCAUGGGCUUCUCCAACGCAGCAUAUACUUAGCGUGAUAUGUUACAUUGUUUAUUUUAUGCAGUAGUGCAUCUUUUUUUUUGUUUUUUUUUUUCUUCAUAUUUUGCCCACCACCCUUGGAAAUACAAAAACAAAGGUAUCAUUCUGCCCGUGGGUCAGAUUAACCUCUUAGAGAGAUACAGGGCAUGAUAUACAUGUUCACAUGUAAUGGUUUAUCAGUUUAUCGCAUGCAUGAGAUUUGUCCUCUUUUUGGAGGAAUGCCUCUUUAUUUAUUCCCAAAUGUUCAGAAUUUACUUCAGAAAUGCUAAAAAUCUCAAAUUAUGAGUAUGGUGUAUAGUUCCGUCUUAUUCGUUCCCUUCUCUGUCUCAUUCCUGUCCGUGUUCCAGCCUAAGUACAUUGACAUGCCCAUCAUGUGUUACAGUUAAGCAGGUGACUUGGAGUGUUAAUUGUUAUUGUGAGCACAGCAUGUGUGUAGGCCUAUAGUGUCGUGAAGUAGACCAUUAUUAUG